CUCUCAUUCUCGUCUCCAUCUUCUUCCCAAUCUUCUGGACUCUUCCUCCUACCAAGUUCUUCCUUCUCAUCAAGUCCUCGUCUACAGCCGUGAGUGGUACCCAACGUCCGCGUAGAAUUUGGAGGUUUUAUUUGGGAUCCAGUCGUUUCAAACUCGUGGACUCUUGUAUUCAUGGCUAGCGAACAGGUGCAGUUGGAAACUGUCAAGGAAUUUGAUUUCGCCGAUUCUGAGCAGAGGUUGAAGGAGUUUGAUGCUGAGAAAACGAACACGCUCCCGAGAAUUCAAGUUAGGGGUACAGCAGCUAAGCCACCAAGGCAUAGGAUGCAGCAUAUGCACAAGCCUGGUGCUCCCCGGGCCUGUGACGCAUCCUUGUGUCUUCCUGCUGACCAAUUCGGCGUCGAUAAGACGAACCUACCAACGGAUUUGGCGAAGUUCACGAGGAAAAGGCUGGAGAAAUUGCCAAGAUUCCGGGUUUGAAAAGACGGAACUUAGCGGAGGCACAAGAUUACAGUAAGAUCAAAUAUGUUAAGUCCUUUCCGUGCACCCGCAGAAGCAGCUCCUCUUUUCACUAUCCAGUGUGAUCAUCUUCUUCAGGUCUGUGGGGAUGGUUGCUGUAUUUAUGUACUAAAGCAGGUCUUGGAAUCUUCUUCGGUCAGGCUGUAGAGAAUCCUUACAUCAUCAAAGUCGACAGUCGUUUACAGGUUAAGGUGCACUUAUCAGUGCCUUGGCCAAGAUCAUGUUGGCGGGUACUACGAUCUGCAGACGUCUUCUCUACGGUACUUCGGCUUAAUACAACACACGUAACACCAAUUCAGCAGAGUUUUCAUGUCUCAUGAACAUAUGAUGAUUGGGAACCUUUUCCAAUCGAGUCCAUGUGAACAUGCCAAUAGCAAAUCUGGUUUCAACAACAUUUUUGAACAAGCUCAUACCAACAACAACGUCGGCAAACUGGCAUCAACAAUUUCAAUUCGGAAGAUCCCGAAAGAAGACAAUUCAGCUCCAGGGCAUCUAUCGUCUCCUCAUUUGCAACAAUGCUGGAAGGAGAAGUUUCCAACAUUCACAUGAAUUGCCCGAGGAAUUGCAGGUGACGAGACUGGCUGCAAAGGGGUGAGUACUGACGCCGAGCAACUACAUCUCUACAAGAGCAUGGUUUCCAGCGUGAUAGGCUUACGACUAAGAUUGACUCAGCUCACGUGGAAGGGGCAAAGAUUCAAUGCGUUUCAAGGUGAGCCCAAAGCUACCAUGGCUUCAGACAGAAAAGAAGACACCUAUAGAGCCUCUUGUAGAGAUUUUGUAGCCAGAAAAUGUUCUUCAACAGCAGAUUACUGCAACGAAUUAUCUUGCAACGAAAUUUAUAGAAUAUGCCGGAUCUUGCAGCAUAUUUUGGACUCAAUCCUUAGAUCCGACAGUUGUCGCAGUACCCACAAGACAGAACACGAUUUAGAAAACUCCGCAUCUUAUCACAAUUCUGAGUAUGGAGACGUCAUUCUCAUAGCACCCGCCCGAGGAUUCCCGCAGUCAUUUUCAUGUAGAGAGCAGCAGCAGCAGCUGAUGGAGAUCAGUAGACGAUCACU